AUGGAUGAACGCAGGGAAGAGCAAAUUGUGCAGCUGUUGAAUACUGUCCAAACUAAAAAUGAAAAAGAGCAAGAGGCCAUGUCCUGGUGGUCUGGGGAUGAAGAAGGACCUACUCCGGAACAGCCUGCAAAAGUGAAACCAGAUGUUGAAAAAGCUCCUGUAAGACAGAGACCAGUCUUGGAAAAAACAUGUCUUGAUCGGGAUAUGGAAUAUCUCUUUGAAAAAAAUGAGCAGGAUAAUGAUUUAGAUGAGCAACUCAAAGAAGACUUAAGGAAGAAGAAAUCUGAUCCUAGAUAUAUUGAAAUGCAGAGAUUCCGAGAGAAACUCCCUUCAUAUGGGAUGAGACAGGAACUUGUAAACCUUAUAAACAAUAAUAGAGUAACUGUGAUAAGUGGUGAAACUGGUUGUGGAAAGACAACCCAAGUUACACAGUUUAUCCUGGAUGAUUACAUAGAGCGAGGGAAAGGGUCUACAUGCAGGAUUGUUUGUACUCAGCCUAGGAGGAUCAGUGCUAUCUCGGUGGCCGAGAGAGUUGCUGCUGAAAGGGCAGAAGCAUGUGGUAAUGGCAAGAGUACUGGAUACCAAAUUCGUCUACAGAGUCGGUUGCCAAGGAAACAAGGUUCAAUUUUAUACUGUACUACAGGAAUUGUCCUACAGUGGCUCCAGUCAGAUAAGCACUUGUCCAGCAUUAGUCAUGUAGUCCUUGAUGAAAUUCAUGAAAGAAAUCUUCAGUCGGAUGUUUUAAUGAGCAUUAUUAAAGAUCUUUUGAAUAUUCGUUUGGAUCUGAAAGUAAUACUGAUGAGUGCUACUUUAAAUGCAGAGAAGUUUUCAGAGUAUUUUGAUAAUUGUCCAAUGAUUCACAUACCUGGGUUCACUUUCCCCGUGGUGGAAUAUCUUCUUGAAGAUGUAAUUGAGAAGUUGAGGUAUACUCCAGAAAACACAGACCGUCGGCCGCGGUGGAAGAAAGGCUUCAUGCAAGGACAUGUAAGCAGACCAGAAAAAGAAGAAAAAGAGGAAAUCUACAGGGAACAAUGGCCAGACUACUUAAGGCAGCUGCGGGGCAGGUAUUCCGCAAGUACUAUAGAUGCCUUGGAAAUGAUGGAUGAUGACAAGGUCGACCUUGACCUUAUAGCAGCACUUAUCAGACACAUCGUUUUGGAAGAAGAGGAUGGCGCAAUUCUGGUGUUUCUUCCGGGCUGGGACAACAUUAGCACUUUGCAUGAUCUCUUGAUGUCACAAGUCAUGUUUAAGUCAGAUAGGUUUAUUAUCAUACCUUUACACUCAUUGAUGCCUACUGUUAACCAGACUCAGGUUUUUAAGAAGACCCCGCCAGGAGUAAGGAAAAUCGUGAUUGCUACCAACAUUGCAGAGACUAGCAUUACAAUAGAUGAUGUCGUGUUCGUUAUAGACGGUGGAAAAAUAAAGGAAACUCACUUUGACACACAGAACAACAUUAGCACAAUGGCAGCAGAGUGGGUUAGUAAAGCUAAUGCCAAGCAGAGGAAAGGUCGAGCAGGAAGAGUUCAGCCAGGCCACUGUUAUCAUCUAUACAAUGGACUACGUGCGAGCCUUCUAGAUGAUUAUCAGUUACCAGAGAUCUUGAGGACACCGUUGGAAGAACUCUGUUUACAAAUCAAGAUUCUAAAGCUUGGUGGAAUUGCUUAUUUUCUGAGCAAACUAAUGGAUCCACCCUCUCGUGAUGCUGUAAUGUUGGCCAUAAAUCAUCUAAUGGAGCUGAAUGCUUUGGACAGGCAAGAAGAACUGACUCCACUAGGCGUCCAUUUAGCACGAUUGCCAGUUGAACCACACAUUGGGAAAAUGAUCCUCUUUGGAGCUUUAUUCUGCUGCUUGGAUCCAGUACUAACAAUUGCAGCUAGCCUCAGCUUCAAAGACCCUUUUGUCAUUCCUCUGGGCAAAGAGAAAGUAGCAGAUGCAAGAAGAAAGGAACUGUCAAAGAACUCUAAAAGUGAUCAUCUAACUGUGGUGAAUGCUUUCACGGGCUGGGAAGAGACUCGGCGUCGUGGUUUCAGAACUGAGAAAGACUAUUGCUGGGAGUACUUCCUGUCUUCAAAUACCCUCCAGAUGCUGCAUAACAUGAAAGGACAGUUUGCUGAGCAUCUCCUUGCAGCUGGAUUUGUGAAUAGCAGAGACCCCAAGGAUCCCAAAUCGAAUACCAACUCAGAUAAUGAGAAGUUGCUCAAAGCAGUCAUCUGUGCUGGUUUAUAUCCAAAAGUUGCAAAGAUCCGGCCAAGCUUCAGCAAAAAGAGAAAAAUGGUGAAAGUUUGCACCAAGACAGAUGGAACAGUCAAUAUUCAUCCUAAAUCGGUUAAUGUGGAAGAAACAGAGUUCCAUUAUAACUGGCUUGUGUACCAUUUGAAGAUGAGAACUAGCAGUAUUUACUUGUAUGACUGUACAGAGGUCUCUCCGUACUGUCUCUUGUUCUUCGGAGGAGAUAUAUCCAUUCAGAAGGAUAAAGAUCAGGAUACCAUCGCUGUGGAUGAAUGGAUUGUUUUCCAGUCUCCAGCAAGAAUAGCACACUUAGUUAAGAAUUUAAGACAAGAACUCGAUGAUCUUCUACAAGAAAAAAUAGAAAACCCUCAUCCCGUGGACUGGAAUGAUACUAAAUCCAGGGAUACAGCAGUACUGACAGCUAUUAUAGACUUAAUCACAACACAGGAGAAUGAAAGUGCCAGAAACUAUGCUCCACGAUUCCAGAGUGAACGCUAUAGUUGA